UGAACCCGCCCAACGGUGCAUCCAUCGUCAGCCUAGUUGCCAACACCGAACUGUUCAGCAUUUAUGUUGGGUCACUGACCUUACCUAGGGUUUAUCAUUUGCAGUUUAACUCCUCCCCCUCCCUCUCUACGGACACACAAAUCAACCAUGACGAAGUUGAGGAAGCUCAAUCGUCCCACCGGUCAUCGGAUGGCUAUGCUAAGAACAAUGGUGUCGCAGUUGGUGAAGCACGAGCGCAUCGAAACCACUGUUGCUAAGGCAAAAGAAGUUCGGCGGCUUGCUGAUAACAUGGUACAGCUUGGAAAAGAGGGUACUCUUUGUGCUGCAAGGCGUGCUGCUGCCUUUGUGCGAGGGGAUGAUGUCAUUCACAAGUUAUUUACAGAACUGGCUUAUCGAUACAAAGAUAGAACAGGUGGUUAUACAAGACUGCUCCGAACUCGAAUUCGGGUUGGUGAUGCUGCACCAAUGGCCUAUAUUGAGUUUAUAGAUAGAGAGAAUGAGCUUAGACAGUCAAAACCACCAACACCUCAACCACCACAGAGAGCACCUUUGGACCCCUGGACAAAAUCCCAGCUUAGCAGGCAGUUUGCGCCGCCUAAAGAGGAAAAAAGCUCCGAUCCUGAGAAUUAGAAUAAGUGGCUACUAAAUUAUGGUUUGAAUGUUUUGUUUUCAUUGUCUUCUGUCCUGCAAUAUUUGUCCAGUUUGUCAAAGGUUGAAGCACUCAAAUCCUAAAUCAAGUAUUACAGGAACUGUGAAGCAGAAAAAACAUUGAAGGACAAAAAUAAUAUUGGUGCAACAAUUUUUGUUAUUGCUACUUAAA